AUGAGCGAGAACAAGGAGACGGGAAGCGACAAGACGCAGGCCGAACAAACUCAAAGCAUGGCCACAUCCGAGCAAACACUGGCGGGUAAUGUGGCACCUAGUGGAGGAGACACUGAACAUACAAAACCGCUACGGCUGAUCAGUCGGCGCUGCAGUUGCGUGAGAGGAGAAAAUGCAGAGACCGAUCGAGAAACUGCUAUGAGAAUGACCUAUGAUGCGCAUUCAACAAUGACUGCUGGCGCUACCCGCCUAAAACCAUUGAGCCUUUCCCCAAGCAAUAGUUCAUUCUCGUCCCCGCGAGGAAGGACGCCGCAACAAACUCCGCCGUUGCCUGGACGAGCAGCCGAACGGUCACCUUUACAGGCGAAUCCGCCCGCAUCCCUGAUUUUCGAACGCAGUGUGCAGGAAGAUAUCCUGCUACCCCAAACGUCACCAUCAAUUCCUUCACAUAUCAGAACAGAGAAUCAUAUUCCUCCGGUCUUGGAAGCAUCAUCCGCGGCAAUUACGGACAAUGGUCUCGAUCCAGAUUCGGUGGAGAUCGUUACCCAUAAUAUGCAUCAUUCUGCUACGAAUGGGGUUCAUGCGGAACAUUCAUUGCAUCCACUUUCAUCCGACAAUACAAUGGAUAUUGAUGAUUUCGAAGAAAUUCCGUCGGCUAGCCAGGGCUUGGAGGCAUCUGAUGUCCGCCGCUUGAGUUUCAUCUCUUUUGCUGAUGUUGUGAACGCUGAAAAUGCCGAAACAGGGGAGUUUCCACCCAGUAACGAAUUUCAUCACAGGGGAUCGGGCAGCCCAAACUCGUUGGCUACAGCAUAUCGCAAUAUGUCACCAUCGCCGUUGUACUCACCGGCGUCUUCUCAUGGUUUUGGUACUUCUCCGCCGACGAGCAUCUCAACCUCUGUCAAGGGCCUGGAGCUCUCCCCAAAUCGUUGUGUCCGGGGUGCUGAGAGCCCACUUCUUUCUGUCUACAGACCGGUUUCCCCCAGCUUUGGUGGCGAUUUGAACAUUGAAACCAUGAGACAGGCUUUGAGGCGAACAGGUAGCGGAGACUUGGGCGCGCCUCCGAACCAGCUAUCUAAUACAAUAGAUAGCGAGGACUGA